AAUAUGGCGGACUCGGAAGACGGUGUGUAUUUUGUCGUUAACAACAUUCCUUCAAUUUUUCGGUCUGCUGACCUAAGAAACUAUUUUAGCCAGUUUAUAGAAAGUGGAGGGUUCUUGUGUUUCCAUUACCGACACCGGCCGGAGGUCCGUAUAAGGACAGCAGAGUCCGAAGUCGUUCAAACAGGAUCAACCGCUCAAGAGCAGGCGAGAGAUGGGAAUGCUAAGGAGGCUAAUGGCGACCAAAAACCAGAGGGCGACAGUAAACAUGAAACGUCGUGUUGUUGCGUUGUGGUGGUACGAGGAAAAGAAUCUGAACGUUUCACGAAGAUGUAUGGGGGUAACCAGUGGAUCGACUCGAAAGGGAACUGGCUGGCAAAACGCUGCAUAAUUAGGAGGAUCAAAGUAUCGGACCACACAGAUCCUGAUCUUUUUCCUUAUAAAACGAAGGCCGAGCUGAGGCGACCCAUUGCACACACGGAACAUUUCACCAAAGCGGACCUCAAAGCUCUGCCCGAGCUGAACCCGCCAGCUCUAAUGCCUGUGGGGAAUGUGGGGACUCCUAUUAGCGUGUUCCUUCAGCUGAUCCAGUCCUGCCGUCUGCCUCCGCGCCUCAUCCGCAAACUUGGGCUAACCUUCCCAAAGACGGGCUCUCACCGGCGCUACGGCAACGUUCCCUACCAAUACCACAACACAUGCGUUGUUUCUCUGGAUGAAGAGAGCGUGUUUACAGCAGGAGGAGUGGAAAUCUCGGGGCCUGGGAGUGCGGCCCUGCCAAAAUCCACCAGGAAACCCGGCUUGCUCCCAGAACCUCCAGUCAGAGAGCAAACACCAGAAGCUGAGAGUGAGGACCAGUCAGGACCUGAUGAUGAUGAUGACCGAUGUGAAGAAUGGGAGCGUCAUGAGGCUCUUCAUGAGGACGUGACGUCUCAGGAGCGCACCAAAGAACGGCUCUAUGAGGAAGAGAUCGAGCUGAAGUGGGAGAAAGGAGGAUCAGGCCUUGUCUUUUACACAGACGCUCAGUACUGGCAGGAGGAAGAGGGCGAUUUUGAUGAGCAAACAGCAGAUGACUGGGAUGUAGACAUGAGUGUCUACUAUGACAAAGACGGUGGUGACAUGGACUCCAGAGAUUACGUUCGUAUGCGCUAUGAGAAAAGGCUAAGGGAGGGCCUGGAAGAGGGGUCUAGCCAGCAAAAAAUUGGCAUGUUUGAAAAGUUCACCAAGGGCGUGGGGCGGCGUGUGAUGGAGAAGCAGGGCUGGAGGGAUGGUGAGGGUCUUGGCCAAACCUGCAUUGGCAUACCUGAAGCUCUGGAGAAUGAUGGACAGCAUCCAAACUGUAAAAGAGGCUUCGGGUAUCAUGGAGAAAAGCUCAGCUCUUUUCAACCACUUAAAAAACCUCGGCCAGAUUUUCAUAUAUCAACUGUUUAUGACAAGCCUAAAGACAUUGACCAGGGCGACACUCUCCUGCGACGGCAACCAAACACCAGCAUGAAAUACACAGACUGGCGGUCAGGGGGCAGCAAUGAGUCGAACAAGUGAACAAACAGUUGUUGGUUAAUUAAUUUAAUAUUUAACUCAGUUUUAGUGAGCCUUUGAUUAAACAUUUUGUACACCUAAAUAUACUGAUACUGUUUUUGAUAGGGUUGGAAUUUAUACCAAACUAAUCGCCCUGUUUAAAAGGGUGUGUUUGUUUUCGGAUGUAUUUCAGUUUUCAGUAACGUUUUCUUCAUUGCACUGUGAAAGAAUAUUUUAUUAUUUUAUUAAAGCACAUGGA